AUGACGACGACGACGACGAUGCGGUCGGUGCCGUUAGGGUUACCACCUGGCGUGACUCAGGGAAACGUUCAACAGCAGCGGCGCCUUUGUUCUUCUUUUGGAAGAAGAAGAAGAAGAACAUCUUUUCAUCAUCCAAAGAAGCGUAUCUCCUUUUCGAUUGGAGCGACGACGGAGACGACGGAGACAUCAUCAUUUUCUUCGUCGAAGACAGAAGAAGAGGCGUGGAAUGAAGACGAUAUCGAUAACAUCGCGUUCGUGGAUUUAGCGAAGGAAGAAUCGACGGCCAUCUCGAACAAAUCCGGCGCCGGGGCAACCAUGGCGGCACCGGACUGGAUGACGCAAUUGAACAGACUGUGGGGAGGCGCGAGUGAGAUUCCAGUCGCGGAUGCCAAGUUGGACGACAUCACCGGAUUAUUAGGUGGUGGUCUGUUUCAACCGUUGUUUAAGUGGAUGAAAGAGGCGGGACCGGUGUAUUUGUUGCCAACUGGGCCGAUUACUUCGUACGUGGUUAUUAGCGACCCGGCGUGCGUGAAGCACGUAUUGUUUAACUACGGAUCGAAGUAUAUUAAAGGGACGAUUGCCGAAGCUGGGGAGUUUUUGUUCGGAAAAGGCGUCGCGUUGCAAGAGUUAGAACCUUGGAAGAUGCGAAGGAAAGCAGUGGCGCCAGCUUUGCACAGGGCAUACGUGGAAGCGAUGGUCGAUCGGACGUUUGGGCAGUGUGCGAAUAAAAUGGUGGAGACGAUGGAAAAGACAAACGGGGGGAAGAGCAUUAACAUUGAGAGCAAAUUUUCGCAAGCCGCGUUAGAUAUUAUUGGCAUUUCCGUGUUCAACUAUGAUUUUAACGCGUUGGAGACAGCGGCGCCGGUGAUUCAGGCGACGUAUACGGCGUUGAAAGAAGUGGAAACGAGGUCGAUGGAUUUGUUGCCGACGUGGCGAUUGCCGGAGGAGUUUUUGAGAGCGGUAUCACCAAGACAAAAAGCGGCGCAAGACGCCGUGGUGAUUAUUAGAGAUGUCACGACACGGUUAGUGGAAGAGUGUAAGAAGAUGGUCGAGGAAGAGGAAAAAGUGGGCGGCGCCGAGGCGUGGGCGAGAGAUUACUUGAACGAGAGCAAUCCGAGCGUCUUGAGAUAUUUGAUCGCAGCGAGAGAGGAAGUGUCUUCGACACAAUUGAGAGACGAUUUGUUGUCGUUGUUAGUGGCUGGACACGAAACUACCGCGAGCGUUUUGACUUGGGGUACGUACGAGUUGUUGAAACCGGAAAACGCGGAACAGUUGCGAAUUUUGAGGCAAGAGUUGGACGAAGUUUUAGGAACGAAACCGUAUCCGGAUUUCAACGACUUGAUGAAGAUGCCAUAUUUAGAGAGAUGUUUCCACGAAGCCAUGCGAUUAUAUCCACAACCGCCGGUGUACACUCGACGCGCGGUGGUUGAGGAUGAGUUGCCGUUGAACGGGUUAACCAUCCCAAGAAACCAGGACAUUUUGGUCUCCAUUUUUAACUUGCACCGAGACCCGAAGAAUUGGGGCGAGAGUUCGUUAGAGUUUGAACCGAUGCGUUUUGGCCCAUUAAACCGAGGUCAACCGAGCGAGUUAAACACGGAGUACAGGUAUGUUCCCUUCAGUGCUGGACCGAGAAGAUGCCCGGGCGAUAAGUUUGCGGUUUUGGAAGGCGUGGCGAUUUGGGCCACCAUGUUACGACGACUCGAUUUGUCGUUGGUGGAAGGUCACAAGGUUGAAAUGACGUCCGGAGCGACUAUUCAUACUCGAAACGGGUUGUUAUGCGACGUAACCGUGCGGGAAAUGCGAACGGUAAACGAUGAUGAUAAGAUGGAUUGGGAUGGUUUAAGACCGACGAAGACGAAACCGGGCGACGAGAAGUACUGGUUGCCCGAGAGAGCAGCAGCCGGUGGAGGUAAAUGCCCGGUUCCGCACUAA